AUGCUGAACUUGAAAACUCGGGUCCAUCAGCUUGUCAAGGACCUUCAUAACCUCAACAAUUGGACCAUUGAGCAGCAAGACCACUUCGAAUCGGCGUUUGAGAAUGUCCUUGCGCAUCUCCUAGACCUAGUGAGCUUUAAGGAUAAACACAAGGUGAGGAUCACAAUACGAACGUCCCAAUUCCCGGAGUUUCAGUUCACAUGCUACUGCAAUGUUCCACGUCAUGAUACAAGCGAGCCGGAUCUUCGACAGUUGGCGCAGUACAAGCCAUCUAAUCAUCGAGAUUCCAUAUUUCAUUCCCUUAUACGCAACCUCUCAAACGAAGGACACUUUCGAAGCCGACGCCCGAAGCGAGAAUAUAACCAGAUAAUAUCUGAAAUAUCGAGAUUCUUUGAGCUUCUAAUGCAGCUUUACGACGCAUCUCGAUUGGAAAUCUCAGAGUUCUUAUCACAAUGCCUCUCUUAUGAGUAUGCCCUCGCACUGGAUCUCGAUCAAAAUUUCGAAAAAGCCAGCAACACCACGGAACAGCUAAUGGACGCUCUAGAUGGUCUCAUGGGUAAACUCCCAUCUGAGGAUCACAGCGACUCCAUCUUUGAUUACAAAGCCUCAUCCUCUAGUCAAGGGACCUCAAAAGAGCUACUCAACUUCGAGAGCUCAGACUCUAUACUCAAUCAGGCCUACGAGUCAUUACUUCGUCUUGCGCUACUCAAACCUACUUCCCUGUUUAGCGAUCGAGUAACUUCAUUCGUGAAGGUGAUCCUUCAAUUGCUCGAAAAUCAUUACCUGAUUGAAGUGAUGCAGGUCCCUGCUGUGGAGGAGGAGAAGAUUCAGCUAGUUUAUGAGCUUUUUCUUGGUUCAGACAGAUUUUCUGGUUUAGUCUCUCGUCAGUGGAUGCGUGUAGCUGAAGAAAUUUUGGACUCUACAACAUUGUGGGAAGGUGACGAGUCAAGCUUUCACAUACCAGAGAUCGAGGGGAGCAAUAACUUUCUCUCUCAUAUUGACACGACAUUGAAUGCAAAGGGCUACCUGAAAGAGGAACUUGCUGUUUUGGUGUCGAAUUUGAACACCGUUGUGAACUUGCUCAAUGAGUUCGACCCUCAAUUCGACCCGCAUUUUGCACAAGUCUUCAAGACUUUCAUUGAUCUUGUAUAUUUUGAUCUCCUGAACUUAGCCACAGCUCAGGAUUACACUUACAUUGAGAAGUUGACAGAGCUCGUGCACCAAAUCAGUGAAUACGAGUCAAAUGAAGAUAUCAUGGAGGGCGAUGUAAUACGAGGUAUAAUCGAGAGCCUCCACUUCAUGCAAGGUUUUUUGACUUCUGGAUAUCACGAUUCAACCCUCCUAAUGCGACUUUCAACAAAGGUUAGCUUCUCGGAUUUUAAAACAAAGAAAGCAACCUUUAGAAGGUGGAAUGACAAAACUGUAACCAGAACUCACCUCGAUAGGCUUUAUCAACAAUAUCUUGAGAAUUCCAAAGAGGAGAUGUUGCAACGUUCACUCACAACUUGGUACAACAAAUAUAAAAAAUUCGUUAAUUUGUCUUCACAAGCGGAAAAUUAUAGCAGAAAAAAACUCGUUGCUAGAAUUCUCAAAGAUUCAUGGAUUCAAAAGUUGGUAGAGUAUGGUGAUUUUGAGUACCAGUCGCAAAAGUUUCAUUCGAAGAGGAUGUAUGAUAACUGGGUCUCGAAGAUGAGAGGAAUUCAGAAGAUGAAAAAAACGCUGAUGAAGUUUUACAAAACUAAUAUCCUUACCACGUCAUUCAUGCAAUUGAAACACAGAUAUCAGCGAUUGCAAAAUAAUGAGUCUAAAGCCGUGGAUUUCUAUCACGAAUUUGAAGGUAGGUGUGGCAUCAUCAUAAAAAAAUUUAUCCUCAAAAGGUGGCACGAAAUGCUAGAUAGUAAAUUCAUUACUUCAAAGAGCACCGUACUGGACUCAAGAGAUUUCGUUUUGAGUAAAAAAUUGAUUGCUUUGAGCGAUAUUGAAAAGCGAACCUUGUUGAUCAAGUACUUCAGGUUUUGGCUGAGGAUGCGAGCUUUGAGUCAGCUAUCUUCUAAAGCAGACAUGAACAAUCGAAGACUUAAAAAAUACUUCUUCUUUGGUGUUUGGAGAAGAGCGCUUGCUUUGCAUACUUUAUCGAGAUCUUUCACCAAAAAAAGUGAACGCGAGCUUAAGCUAUCAGCCAUCAAAUUAUGGACGGAGCGUAAAAAUCAAAAGCUCCAAGCCCUAAAAUUCUAUCGUGAAAAUCUUCUUCGAGUGGUAUUCAAGACGUGGAAUUUAAAGCAUAGGAAGUUUGGUACUUCUCAGAUGCUGCUGAAGGUCGAGGUUUUCAAGCUUUGGAAACUUCGUACACUUUCACUUGACAUGACAAAAAAACUGAAAAAGAAAGUAUUGCAACAAUCAUUUUCCACUUGGGUAAUAAAAUAUCGUCGGAAUCGUGAUAAUCUAAAGAAGGCAUUUGAAGUAAGGACUCAGAAUCUUAAAAGAGCGGCCUUAACCUUUUGGAUAACGAGAGCUCGGUUGCAUGAAGAGUACCUCGCAGUUGCUGAGCUAAAUGUGCAGAGAAGAAUUGUUCAGAAUUGGAAAAAGAGGUACGUCCUGAUUAAAAGUCUGGAGAGGAUGAUCAAAUCUUUUCAAGGAGGUCGAUCAUUAUAUGAUAAGCAGCUCUUACGAGUAUUCUUUGAACUCUGGAGAAGUCAAAUGCAAGCUCGGUUCGAAAUUCACACGCGGGAUGCCUUGUUGACUUUCGGGAACUCCGUUAGACGGAAAGGAACAAUUCUUGUCUUUUUUCGAUACUGGAAGAGGAGAUCAAAGAAUGCGCACUCUAGACAAGUGGAAUUGGGGAGCAGAUUGGCGUACUUCGAGAGAAUCAGCUUAUUACAUGCUCCAUUAUUCUCUCAUUGGAAGGAGAGGCUUGAUCAAUAUCAAGAGUUUGCUCAAAUGAGCGAUGAAUUUUACAAGGCGGUGCUUAACAAGAAAUUCUUACUUGUUUGGUAUGAAAGACUCGUUUUAAAAGUCAAUUAUCUUGACGAACUAGCUGAAAAUGUGUUGAGCCAAAAGGAGUAUGUGAUUUCAUCGGAAUAUUUGCAAAAGUGGAAUUUAAAAUACGUGAAGACCUACAAGAGGAACUUGCAAACUUGUGAAAUGUUUAAGGAGAAAUGGAAUUUGUCAAAAGCGAGAUCGUUUCUUCAGAUGUGGAAUUACAAAACAUUCAACAAGGAAACAGCUCGAAAGGAUAAAGAUGCUGAUCACUUUAUUGAAGGGAACACUAGUCCAACCUUUUACUCCUUCUUCAAGGAUUCGCCGGACGAGUCCUAG